CAACAGCCUGCCUCCCACUAUCAAACCCCACAGAGCUGCACAGUCCACAGCUGCCUAACGGUCCUCUCUACUCGCGUCGUCUCCUGACCAGCAGAAAGUCUCCCAUCAUGUACUACCAACAGAGCUACGGCAGCGGCCCCUCGGUCGUCACCAGAACAACCCGCAGCUACACAUCCAGCGCUGCCCCCCACAAGGCCCACAGUGUGUCAGGCCUGAGCUUCAGGAGCGGCCCCCGCAUCUCUUCCUCCAGCGCCCGGAUGGUCUCCUCCGGUUACGGCGGUGGUAUGGGAGGGGGCUUUGAGCUAUCCAACGCCCUGGACCAGAGCACCAUCCACCUGAACGAGAAGGCCACCAUGCAGAACUUGAACGACCGUCUGGCCAACUACCUGGACAAGGUGCGCUCUCUGGAAGCGGCCAAUGCCAAGCUGGAGAAGCAGAUCAGAGAGUACUACGAGAAGAAGGGACCGGCAGCCGAGAGGGACUACAGCAACUACUGGGCUAUCAUUAAUGACCUGAAAGAUAAGAUCAACGCUGCCACCAUUGAAAACGCCCACAUCCUGCUCCAGAUUGAUAACUCCAAACUGGCAGCAGAUGACUUCAAAACCAAAUUCGAUCAUGAGUUGAUGAUGCGCCAGUCCGUAGAGGCCGACAUCGCCAACCUCCGCCGCCUGCUGGACCAGACCACCCUGACCAAGGCUGACCUGGAGAUGCAGAUCGAAGGCCUGCAGGAUGAGCUGGCCUACCUGAAGAAGAACCACGCAGAGGAACUGGCAGCAAUGCGCUCUCAGCUCACCGGCACAGUCAAUGUGGAGGUGGACGCCGCACCUCAGCAAGACCUGAACAAGAUCAUGGAGGAGAUCCGCGCCCAGUAUGAAGGAAUCACUGAUAAGCAUCGUCGGGAACAGGAGGCUUGGUUUAAUGAGAAGUCAGCGAACCUGAACAAGGAAGUGGCCAUUAGCACAGAAGUCAUCCAGACGUCCAAGACAGAGAUCAAUGACCUGCGGCGCACACUCCAGGGUCUGGAGAUCGAGCUGCAGUCCCAACUCAGCAUGAAAGGGGCUUUGGAAAAUACGUUGGCAGAGACAGAGGCCCGCUACAGCGCCAUGCUCAGCGGUUACCAGAACACCAUCAACAUGCUAGAAGCAGAGCUCUCCAACGUGCGGGGUAGCAUCGAGACGCAGGGCCAAGAGUACAGGAUGCUUCUGGACAUCAAGACCAGGCUGGAGCAGGAGAUCGCCACCUACAGGAGCCUGCUGGAGUCGGAGGACGCCAGGUAAACCCAGCCAAUUGGCACAGGAACCUCAAAGACGACGGUCACAACGACAACUGUGCGCUCUUCCAGCUAGACAACCUGACUGGCAGGAUAAGCUGUUCUCACACACACAUACACACACACACACGCUAUCUGUUGAUCAAAUGCUGUUAAGUGAGAUGAGGAAAACAGUACUAACAAAUCCUGAUGUACAGUACUGUGUGUGUGUUUGUGUGAGACUUGUUUGUCAAAUAAAAGUUGCUGUUUGAGAUAAGA